UAGAGCACAGCCGGCUUCUUGUCUCGGCGUACACAGUGCAUGAGCCAUGGAGACUCCCGGCGAGGACGAGCUGCUGGAGAUGAUGAUGGAGAGAAGCUUCACAGACUUAGACGAGAAGGCCAGGGACAGGCCUCCUAAGAAAAUUAUUCCCAGGACUAAACUGUGCAGAGGUCUGCACAAUAGAUAUUGUGUUCUGGAUGUGAAGGAGGUGUAUGCGCCCAGAGAGGAGAAGCACCUCACUAUUACAGCUCACCAGGAGGGAGAAGACACAGAACUCUGCAUUCUUAAGGAUGACUGGGUUGGAAUUCAAGUGAAACCGGGAGAUGUUAUUCACCUGGAGGGUAAUGCAGCACUGCCAAAUACAUGGACUGUGGACAAGGAUUCUGGAUAUAUCGUAUUAUUCCCUGACCUUCUCAUAUCUGGGACCAGCAUAGCAAAUGGUAUUCGAUGCUUACGGAGAUCAGUGCUGAGUGAGAAAUUCAAGGUUUGUGAAAAAGGUUCAAGGCAAAUGUUGAUCGGUACAAUGUUGCAUGACGUCUUCCAGAAAGCAACAACUUGUGGUUUUGGGGAGGAAGUUUUGCAAAACCUCGCUGUCCAGACUGUUUAUGGACCCAAAUAUCUGAAAGAAAUGUACCAAUUAAACUUAAAUCAAGCUGACGUUUUCCAAGAAAUUGAGGAAUAUCUUCCAUCAUUUCAAAGAUGGACAAAUGACUAUAUGACACCUUACAUGCGUCAGCCGGCUCCCUCCCGGUCCCGGCCGACUGCCGGUACUCCCGAUACAAGAGCUGUUCAGGUGUCUGAGUUCCUGGACAUUGAGGAAAAUGUUUGGUCACCUAGAUUUGGCCUAAAGGGAAAAAUUGAUGUAACUGCCAAAGUGAAGAUACAUCAGAAAUCAAAAUCUGUUAAAAUAAUGCCGCUUGAACUGAAGACUGGUAAAGAAUCAAACUCCAUAGAACACAGGAGCCAGGUAAUUUUGUAUACUUUAUUAAGUCAAGAAAGGAGAGAAGAUCCUGAAGCCGGCUUGCUUUUAUAUCUGAAAACAGGAAAUAUGUAUACUGUGCCUGCAAAUCGUCUGGACAAAAGAGAAUUAUUGAAAAUAAGAAAUGAGUUGUCAUUUUAUUUAAAGAAUGUGGUACAUAAAUCUGACAACGGAACCAGAGAAAUUAAACUUGCCUCUCUACCCUCACUCAUUGCUGACCAACAAGCUUGCAGAUUUUGUUCUCAACUUCGGAAUUGUGCACUUUACAGCAGGUCUGUGGAGCAGCAGAGUGGUAGUUUCUACGUUCCGAAUGACAUGCUUCCAGUUAUUGAGAGCGAGACUGCACAUCUGAAAGCCUCUCAUCUGCAGUACUUCAGUCUCUGGUAUCUCAUGUGCUCUUUAGAAACAAUAUCAAAAGAUUCAAAAAUGGGCCGAAAAAAUAUCUGGAUGCUAUCAUCUGCAGAAAGAGAAGAGGAUGGGCAGUGCGUUGGAAACCUCAAUUGUAUAGGAAGUGUACAGAGUAUAAGUGAUGGACAAUACCUCCAUUGCUUUCAGCGUCGGGCUGGUGAUAUUCCUGCUACAAACAUAAUGACAGGAGACAGAGUUGUAGUUAGCGGAGAGGAAAUGAAGUUCCUCGCUCUCUCCACCGGUUACAUCAAAGAGGUGAACAGAAAUAAUAUAACCUGCAUUUUGGACAGAAGUCUGGCCAAGAUACCGCAAGGUACUGUAUUUAGAUUGGAUCACGAGGAGGGAGGUGGUGGCAUGGAAUCUCACCUGGGGAACCUGUCCAAGCUGAUGGUAAAUUCACCUGCAAGUGAGAAGCUUAGAGAUUUAAUUAUCGAUUUUAAAAAUCCAGGCUUUAUUCAACAUUUAAGCAGCGUUCUACCUCCCGAUGCAAAGGACACUGUGGCUAACAUAUUGAAAGGCCUCAAUAAGCCUCAGAAGCAAGCCAUGAAACGUGUUCUCUUAUCUACGGAUUAUACACUGAUUGUUGGCAUGCCAGGAACAGGGAAGACCACCACCAUCUGCACUUUAGUACGAAUUCUCUAUGCCUGUGGCUUUAGCGUCUUGCUGACCAGUUAUACUCACUCUGCAGUAGAUAAUAUUCUCUUGAAAAUUAAAAAAUUUAAAGUUGGAUUUUUACGAUUGGGUAGAACACAGAAAAUACACCCGGAAGUUCAGAAAUUUGGUGAGGAAGAAAUCUGCAAAACUAAGUCCAUAAAGUCACUAAGUGCUCUAGAAGAACUCUACAACAGUCAGCCAGUAGUUGCGACCACAUGCAUGGGCAUCAAUCAUCCAAUCUUCACCAGAAGGAGGUUUGACUUCUGCAUCGUAGAUGAAGCAUCUCAAAUAAGUCAGCCAAUCUGCCUUGGCCCCUUGUUUUUUGCAAACAGAUUUGUGUUAGUGGGAGACCAUCAGCAACUCCCACCACUCGUCCAAAGUGCAGAAGCCAGGGAAUUGGGAAUGAGUGAGAGUUUGUUCAAGAGGCUGGAGAGGAACCAGGAUGCUGUUGUCCAGCUCACUGUGCAGUAUCGUAUGAAUAGCAAGAUUAUGGCUCUGAGCAAUAAGCUAGUAUAUGAAGGGCGACUAGAAUGCGCCUCUGAGCGUGUGUCCGCUGCCAUCAUCCAUCUACCUCAUCUCCAGUCUCUGCAGCUGGAGUUGGAAUUCAGGGAGUCCCCAGAAAAUGCGUGGGUCAGAGAUGUUUUACAACCAAGCAACCCAGUCUUCUUUCUGAAUACAGAGGAGAUUCCUGCUUUAGAAACAGAAGAAAAAUGCGGUGUCAGUAACUGGAUUGAAGCCAAGUUGGUGUUCCUAUUAACCUCUCUGUUCCUUAAGGCUGGAAGCAAGCCCUCCGACAUCGGAAUCAUCGCUCCUUAUCGUCAGCAAUUGAAAGUGAUCUCUGGCUAUUUUACUAACUUGUCAUACAGCGCUGUAGAGGUUAACACCGUGGACAAAUACCAGGGAAGAGACAAAAGUAUUAUAAUUUUGUCAUUCGUUAGAAGUAAUAUUGACGGGAAACUUGGGGAUCUUCUAAAGGAUUGGAGGAGACUGAAUGUGGCCCUCACACGAGCCAAGCACAAGCUCGUAAUGAUCGGCUGUGUUCCUACACUGUGUCGCUUUGAAUCCCUGGAGAAGCUAAUCUGCCAUCUGCGGAGUGAAAACCUCAUUAUGAAUCUCCCUCCAGGAGCUCAUGAACACCUUCCAAUGUGAUCCAUGCGAUUGCGUAUACGGUGGAUAUCAUUUCAAGAUUUCAAUAGGUGCUUUACUUUUCCAGAGGAGAUUCUUUCUAAGAAAAUCACUGGACCUAAUGUGAUUGUUGUUAAUGCUGCUAGAAAAUUCCUGUGUAUAGAAGUGUCCUGUACGUGUAGUAACACUGCUUUAUCGUUCCUGUUGUAACCUGGAUAUAAAUGUAGCUGUUGCAAUAAAAUGGCUAUUGAAGGGGUUCUCCCAUAAGUGUCUGAUCGGCUAUGGACCAACUUCUGGGAUGGAGCCUUGUAUUUGAAUGGACCAGUGGUCACUACUGCACAAUUCCCCUCCAUUCAAUUCUGUGGGACUGCCGAAGACAGCCAACCGCGUGUACUCGGCUACUUAUGGCAGUCCCAUAGAGUUGAAUGGGGGGUGGCAGUGUGCAUACUUGACCACUGAUGGCAUUCAGACGUGAUAUCCAAUGACUGGACACCCGCGAACCAGACCUUAAAUACCUAUCCUGAGGAUAAUGGGACAACCCUCUUAAGUGUUAGUUCAUUAUAUUGAUUAUUUGGUAAUCGAAGCACAUUCCUGACCUCUAUCUCAUCCAGUCUCUUGAUGUUAGUUUUAGAUUAACCAUCUCCUUUGUAAAAAGCGGUGUACGUUUCCGAUACACUAAAGAGCCGUCACAUUGAUGUUGCGUGCACACAUGUGGCCGCUCAUUCAUGUAAAGCAAUACGCUAUUAUAAUAAUUUUGUUGUGACUAGAA